CGCGCGACGUUCCUCGUAACGGCACCGGUGUACUUCCGGUCCCCUUACUGACAAGUGGGUGAUGGCCGCCUGACGUAUCACCUUCGUUAGGAUCCACCGAGCUGCUUUGCGUGUAUAUUAAACACUCUGACAGCGUGAAGAUACCGGUGAUGAGAACGCGAUUAUUCGCCAAUUGAUCCAUUUGUCUUGACGAGUGACACAACGGAAAACGGCGGUCAUUUAUGCGCGUGAGGGACGUUGAUAGCAAUAUGAUUAAGACCAGUGAGAAUAAUUUGAGACACCUCCACUAUGAACAGACAGUGGACUUUGCAGGACAGGAAGAUCAUAAUUCGGUAGAAUUAUGUAGUACGAAUGUGGUCAUUGUCCCAUCACCAGGUGGUCAUGACCAUGGUAGUUCAAAAGUAAAGUUAAAAAAUAUUGUUGAUUUUACAUGGGAGCAUCAUCUUUAUACCGGUCAGUUGCUGGCUGUUCAUGUAUCUGGAAAAUAUUUAGCCUAUGGUAUUAAAGUUGGUACUGGUGGUGGACUAGUACGAGUUGUACACAAGGAAUUAGAACAUAGAGUCCUAUUGCGUGGAAUGCGUGGUGCUAUCCAGGAUCUUGCAUUUGCUCAUGUUUCAAAUGUAGUUCUUGCAUGUAUUGAUCAUUCAGGAUCUCUAUUUAUAUACACGAUUGAACCAACACAGUCAGAACUAUUAUGUAGUUUAGUAAUACAAGUUGACGCAGAAGAUGUUCCUUCGAUUAGCCAUCGAGUGAUUUGGUGCCCAUAUAUCCCAGAGGAUGAUGCCUCUGACGGAGACGAAGUAUCAAAAUUGUUAGUUUUAACUCGUGGUUCUAAAGUCGAGUUGUGGUCAAUUGCAACAGUGGCAUCAAAAUUUAGAUCGAUAGAUGCAACGAAUGCAGCUGCCAAAGACUGUGGAGGUAUGAUAGAAAUUGAACAACACUCAGGUACGAUCGUCGAAGCGACAUUUAGCCCAGACGGCACUGCACUGGCCACAGCCAGUACAGAUGGAGAAGUAAAGUUCUUCCAAGUUUUCCUACAUAAUAAUUCUCACAAUGGACAACCGCAACCACGUUGUUUGCAUCAGUGGAGGCCUCAUGCAGGACGACCUAUUUCCUGCUUAUUCUUCCUUGACGAUCAUAAGAACUACCAUCCCGAUGUUCAGUUUUGGAGGUUUGCUGUGACGGGAUGUGACAAUAAUUCGGAAUUGAAAGUAUGGUCGUGCGAAGUAUGGAGUUGCUUGCAAACGAUCAAAUUUGCUCCAACUCCUACCACUGGAAAAUUGCCGGUACUAAAAGCAGGCUUAGACCUUAGUGCUGGAUAUCUUUUGCUAUCGGAUAUAUACAAUAAGGUUUUAUAUAUACUAAGUCUUUCAAAAGACAGAGGUGAAGCUUUAGCAUGCGUAAGCACAGUGUCGGAGUUUCUCUUGCCGUAUCCGAUUUUGAGCUUCGGAAUUGUCGACGCCGGCCAGUGUAAAAUACGGCCGAGCGGUGAGUCGUUGGAGGAUCUCUGUCCGAUAAGCGACGAAGAGAUCGAGGAUCAGCUGAUCAUCCGCAUGUAUCUAGUCCAACCGAAAUCACUGCAAGAAUGCCACAUUGCGUUUAAACCUGCCGCACAAGUGAGUGGCAACUGCCUUCUCGACACGCUUAUACACGAUUCGAUAGAUUAUUCCGAAGAUCUGCCAGAUAUGGGGACUACCAAUCACAAUGGCAUUCCCGGUAAGAACUGCGAUGAAGAGCGCUCCUUAUCCGCGACGAUUGAAGCGGCUAUCAAUCAUAACACCGGUGGCUUAAAUCUCAUGACACCUGACGCGUUCAGUUCACCUUCGAAGAAAGAGAAUAAUGAAUUGGAGUCUAACACCGCGAGUCCAGAACUAGGGAAGGUUUUAUCCAGCAGUCCGUCUCUUGCACAAGCAGUACAAGCAUUAAACGCAUCUGACCCACCGCUUGCGACAAGUGAGAUGGAAGAACAAGCUCCUGCUAGUUCAGGUAGUAGUCCAUCGAGAGAAGUUAGAGAAAUUUUGUCUUGUACCAAACCCGAUGAGGAAACCGAGACCGAUUGCAAGCCAGAAGCGAAAACGAACGCUGACGAAGAUUGGUCUAAUAUUCCAAUGGUUUUACUCAAAGACGUCAGUGUUCACGCGAUGCAAGAGGAAGAUGCGGAGGAAUUUCCUGAGGACGACGAGAAUAAUGUACAAAGAAAAAAGAAGGACGAGCCGAAGACUACGUCUCUUUCAACCGACAAUACCGGCAUGUCGUGGCCAGCUCACGACGACAUCAAUAAUCUCGAAUUGAAAUUGGCACCAAUCUUGGAGAUAAUCCAAAAUCAGAAUCAAGAAUUAAAGGGACUGCGCGCGGAGGUGAGCAGAUUACAACAAGAAUCGCCGGUGUUCACGCGAGUAGAGUCCACAUUGGCGAGGAUGGCUCAGCAGCAGAAUGCCACCCUAGAGCAGUCUCUGUACAGCCAAAUGGCUCAUCAACGCGAAUUCCUGAAUACAUUCGAGACAACGAUUAAGGAUAAGAUUGAAACUACCUUGCCAUGUGUAGUCAAAGAGGCUGUGGAGCCUUUAAAGCAUCAGAUACAAUUAGACGUGAAUUUAAUGAACAACCUCCUCAAGAAAGAUGUAACUGAAUUGAUAAACGGUGCACAUUUAAAAGAUAGCUUAGCUUUGGCAGCUGCUAAUGCAGCCAAACCAGCUUUGGAUGCCGCUUUUAAAGAAGCAUUCGCGACUGUCGUUCUACCUAGUAUAGAAAAGACUUGUCAAGCCAUGUUCAAACAAAUCCAGGAUACCUUUGUCAUAGGUACUCGUGAAUAUCUACAGAGUAUCGACAGCAUCAUCGAUAAGCAGUGUCAACGACGCAACGAACAGCUGAGCGAAGCGUUGUCAAUGUUAGUGCGCGAAGAAUUGCAGACUGAAUUGAAUCGAAAUUUUAGAACAAUGCAAGACGGCACUAUCCGAGUGAUCCGUGAAUCCAUACGUGAGAAUCUCAGUCAACAGCUCACGGAUAUCUCCAGCGCACGGUCAAGAGCUACAACACCUGCUAUACCAGUGGCUGCUAUAGCUGAUACCCAAGCACGUAUAAUGGCUCAUCUUCAGAAAGGCCAAUAUAAUGCCGCAUUUCAGCAGGCUCUAAGCGCAAGUGAUUUAGGGUUGGUAGUAUUAGUAUGCGAGCGAACGGAACCUUCGACAGUGUUCUCGUGUGCAGGAGCUCAGGGUUCCAGGUGCAUCUUACAACAACCCGUGAUACUCUCGCUCGUUCAACAGUUGUCCGCUGAUUUAGGACACCGUACAGAACUAAAGCACAGAUGGCUGGAGGAAGCGAUAUUGAAUUUAGAUGUGAACGAUCCUGUGACACGAGAGCACAUUGGCACUGUGUUAAUGACGUUGCAAAAUCAAUUGAGCACCUUCUUAGCGAGUAAUCCAAAUCAUCGAUCGGCACGCCGUAUGAAAAUGCUGGCUAUGGCUGCACGUUCGCUACUAAGUCAACAUCCUUGACCGCCACGCUUAUGAGCUCGCUCAAAUAUACGACAUAAGAUUUUAUACGUUCUGUUUAAAGACUACUUUUGUCAAAAAGCAAUAUUCGUAGAAGUCAUGUUAAUGAAGUUGACAGUGAUUUAUAUAAAAUAUGGAACAACUCUGUACUGUAAGGAUUCAUUGGCACUCGCAGUUGUUUUAUCAUACAUUCAGAGAUUUCGUUUGAUUUCGUUUAUACUCUGUGUACACAUAUAUCUCAAUAUACGUGAUGCAGUAAAUUGUCAUUCAUUGUUUACAGAAGCUUAGAUAAUUCGAUAAAAUUUUAUUUUAAUAACUCUUGUGUAAAUCACUCGAUUUGAUAUUCUAGACGCGUAUUAAAAGAAAAAUAUUUUAGGAUACAUAUAAUUUUGUCCUCUUGACGAUAAAUUUGUACUAGCAAAUAUUCAAUACUAACACAUAAAUUGAAGAUAUGUUUAUUCUGUCAUGCAUUGUUAAACUCUACACAAUAACAGAGUAUUGAGCUUAUGCAUUCAGCGUGCAAAUAUUAAUUUUCAUUUUUAAGUUGACAAUGAGUUUAACAUGUUAUGUUCCAUUAAUUUUUAAUUUACAUUAAAUAUUGACUGUGCUUCAUGGUGUACUAUCAUAUUUAAUAGAUCAUAUAGCAGAUUGCUGUUGUAAAAAUUUUUAGUUAAAUCGUAACCUCAAAGGUCUUGCUUAAUAGCCAUUUAGGAAUACAAUUUUUUGACUGAAAAAGAUUUUAUAUUUUUAUGACUAACAAUUUACGAACUAGAAAAAGUUUACAUUGGAAUUAAUAAUACCACAUAAUGAUCAUAAUAGUUAACCAAUAAAA